AUGCGCGAAUUCUUAUUGGCACGACUUUUAUUUGCUUUCUAUUUGUCAGUAUCUGACUUAAUUUUUACAGUCGAUGUAUGGCUUUUAUGGUUAGUCUUGAAUGAGAAUGAAUUUUCUCUUCCCUUAUCUUUACAACCUUUGCUAUUAUUUCCAUUUUUACCAUUUUUAUUAAUAUCAUCAUCAUUAAUAUUUAUUUCAUCUAACAAGGCAUCAGAUGAUUGGGCCCUUUUAAGACAUCCUAGUCUUUCUUCAAGCAAG